GUACGUUAACAACGUAUUCAUUUAUUUGCAUGAUUGAUUGACUAGCUGGGCACUGGCUGAGAUUGUCGACUGUACUGGGUGCUGGAUCUGUUACCGGUUGUCUCCUGGAAUUUUAGAUUAGCCAAUAAAGAUGGCCACUAACAGCAACCACCCGUUCAACCCAUCAAACCUGGUCGUCAAGGAUUACAUUCCCAACUCCAUGACCAAUGUUGGCAUUCUGAGCAUUGCAUUACCGGGUUUCGCUGUCAUCUUCAUCGCAGUAUGGCUUCUGACUGCUAAGGACUUCCAUGGACGUCAUCCCUUGGGCCAGCGGGCUAUGCUGGCUUGGUUUGGUCUGUGCGGUAUGAUACAUUGUGUCCUGGAAGGCUAUUUCAGUGUUUUCUAUGAGACCAUCCCCAGCAAGACGGAUUUCUUGGGUCAGAUCUGGAAGGAAUAUGGGAAAGGAGACAGCCGUUAUGUAAUUGGUGAUAACUGCACUGUAUGUGUAGAAUCUGUGACAGCCUGGCUGGAGGGACCUGCCUGUUUCCUCAUCAUUCUCACCUACCUUAAACGAUCUCCAAGCAGAUAUAUCCUUCAGCUCUUGGUUUCCACUGGCCAGCUCUAUGGUACUAUCAUUUUCUUCAUGACCGAGUUCCGUGAUGGACUUGCCCAUUGCAAGUAUGGUGACCCUCUCUACUUCUGGUUCUACUUCAUUGGCAUGAAUGCUCCUUGGGUCAUUGUACCAAUCCUGAACAUGAUUCAUAGCUUCCGUCAUUUGUCUGCUGCUCAAACCUGUUUGGACCAAUCCUCUCAACCGGCAUCGGCCAAGAAAGCACCUGGCAAUAAAAAGAAGAAGUAUUAAUGAUAAUAAUGAUAAGGUGAAUUUUGAACGCUCCAAAUACUAGGUUUCUAGGCGAUAUGGUGCCGUUGUCCUAGCAUCCAUUAGGAUGUACCCCUGUAUCUUGAAGCCUGGAGCAAUGGUUGCUGGAGCACCUGUGGAAGCACCAUUAUUGAAAUUACUGUUAAGAUUUUAGAUUUGAAAUAGGAGUGAAAUAGAACAAGACAAAUGAUAAUGGUAAUUAAUUGAAAUAUGGAUUUUUUCCAUUGAUUUUAAGUGACCAAAUGUGCUGGAUAUGCCUAAAUUUGCAUAUUAAUUAGUGUUUAAAUGUAGAUAUUGAUAAAAUCAUCAGGUAAUAAAGGAAAUUAGAUUGAGAGAAUUAUUCAGCAUUUUAAGAUAAGAAACUGUAGUAAUAAAACCUAAGUUUAAUUAAAAGUCCUUAUUUUUCUGCAAUUGGUAGAUAUUUGCUGUGCAAACUUUUAUUUUUUAUUGAAAGUAAUGGGGGAGGAAAAUACUGAGGAUAUAGUGUAUAAACACAGUGCAUGCUUGCUCUGAAUGCAAGACAUGAAUGUUUAUUUAUGCAUAGUUACUGGUGUGUAUACUAAUAAAAUGAUCCUGCACAUGCAUGCCAAAACACCACAGAAUGAUGUUUUUAAAGUGUAAAAAUACCAUUUCAGGGUGUAUUUUCUCAGGAAUUAUAUGACACUUGUCAAUACAAAAAUCCAUACACAUUAUUUGGAAUUAGUCGGAAUUCCUGUCUGUAGAAUUGUUGUUUUCUACUUUUAUGGAGCCAGUUUAAAGCAACAAAUGAAGGUUCCCUAAUAUGCAAAUACAUGUUCUGUGGGCAGAUGCAAUUUAUUUUAAAAGAGGAUUUCACACAUGUGAAGUAAAAUAUGUUUUAAAAUGACAAGACUUGUAUCUGCUACAUCCAUACAACCAUUCUAAUUUGACUUUCCAUCGUGUUCUAUACUCAUUUUGUCUCUGAACGAAAUUCUGGGGAUUACAGCGAUUCUUACUCUUACUCAAAUUGUUGCCAGUCUCAGUGUGCAUAUUUUAGGGGCAGACUCCAAAGCAAUUUGUUGUAUUUAUUCAAAUAAGAGUUGUGUUUCUUUCCAUUUUUCCACAAAUAUGCAAUUACUGUUUCGUUCAUAGAUAUUUAGGAAUUUUUAAAGAAUAUGUGACACUACAGUAUCUUGUAAAACAAAACAAAAAUAUUCCCAGAGAUCCAAUAUAAUAUUGGACUUGAGUUGUCUUGUGACUUUCCUAGAGCUAAAUAGCUCCUCAUAUCCUUCUGUUUAUUCCUGGGUAGUUUCAACACAUCUUUCGAAAGGCAAACUCAGCGAACUGUGAAAAUUGUCCAUGUACAUGUUUUAUGUAUUGUACUUUCAAUGUUCUUUGUGAGUGGUCUUGUGCAAUCUGCAUUUUGUAGUUUAGAUGUGAUGCCAGUAAACGACAAUUUCAAGCAAUUGUCCUUUCUGAGUGUGCAGAUGUCAGCUCUGUAUGAGUUGCUUGACAGAGGACCGUUUGUGUUCCUGUAUAUAAUAUAUAUACUUGAGGCCGUUUUCAGGCUGGCCCUUUUUGGUAAGAUGAUCUUUCACAUGAAUAUGAGAAAAGGUCAUUCAAUUUCAAUAACAGCAUUUCUAAUACUCCCAUGUAUACACUUCAUAUGUGUGAAUUGUACAUAGAUUUUUGUUCUUGUUGUUUUGUAUAACAUGAAAUCUGGGGCUGUAGGUCAAUCAAAUUAUAUGCCGGUUUUGUCACAUAGGAAUAUUUUUAUUUCACCUCUAUAUAAAAGAAGAACAAGCUUUACGUGAGCAAGAGAAGGAUAUGUGGUUUGCUUCCUUCCUAUCACAUUUCAGUUUGAUCUUGUGUUAUUUGUGGAAUUAUGCACUUUCUAUUUUUACUGAGGAAUACACAACAGAAUACUUUACUUAGACAUACAUGCAAUCUCUUCAAUUUCAACAAGUGUUUAUUUGAAAAAAAAUAAGAAAACCUUCAAACUGGUACAGUAUUCGAUAUGUAGUAGCAGGAUUAAAACAGAUACUGGUUCAUGAUUGAACCUCUUUAAGAUUGGAUUGCAUCUAUAAUCUUGUCAAAACAAAUCAUGUAUGUAAUUUGUGAGAAAUGCUGCAUCAGGUGUUAAUUGAGUUUGUUUAGCUGUGGAGAUUAAAUUUGUAAUCUUAUAAAAAAUAA